UUUUGUACUUCAUUUGUAGGAUUGUACGGCCUAGCCAGCUUGUCGUUUUCAUUUUUUACAGUUUUCUGUUAUUAUUAAUUUUGGUGAAAUGGCUUUCCUGCAAACUACGUUGACUAUAGUCUUGCUGCUAGCGAGCAGCGGUAAUGGUGCUCUGCAUGAUCAAGCUUCAUCGUGGUCAGUGGAUGUUUUCCAUCGCUACAUGCAGGAUUAUCAGAAGCCUUAUGCAGUUGGCAGCGACGAGUAUGUGAAGAGGUUAAACAAUUUCAAAGCCAGCCUUACCAGGGUAGCAUUGUUGAAUGCACAGAGUGAAGAGGAAAACCAGAGACUGAGUCAAGUCAACGACACCAUCGUCAUCAAUGACAGACACCGCUCAUCACCUGGCCGGCCUGUCUAUGGUAUUAACAGCUUCUCAGACUUAUCAACACAGGAAUUCAUUGCAAGCAAGCAGUGUAUGCACAGAGGUAAUGUCAGCCAGUUUGCUGGAAGCUCAGCACUGACAGCUGAUGAGUUCAUGUCCAAACAUGCCGAUAUGGUCACUCCCCCAGACAAGUGGGAUUGGAGAAAUCAAUCCGUGGUGACUGAAAUCAAGAACCAGAAGUCGUGUGGAAGUUGCUGGGCGUUUGCUGCCAUUGAAACUAUAGAGAGUGCUUGGGCUAUCAAGUAUUCUCGUCUCUACUCUCUCAGCGUCCAGCAGCUCAUCUCAUGCAACAUUGGCACUGGCAAUAGCGGCUGUAACGGUGGCCGAUAUGAAACUGCCUACAACUGGCUCAUUCAGGGAUCUCGGAAAGUUGACUUGGAUGCGGAGUAUCCAUAUUACGAUAGCAAAGGUGGAGUGUUGCCUUGCCGGGAGGUGGAGACAAAAUCCCCAGUUACAUUGACUAGCUACCAGUCCAUACUCAACAUAUCAUUGGCAACGGAGUCAGGUCUUCUUAUGAGAGCAGUAUACUACUAUGGACCAGUUGCCAUUGUUGUGGAUGCAGCCAGCUGGCAGGACUAUGAAGGCGGAAUAAUCCAGCACCACUGCACUGCCCAGUCUCUAGAUCAUGCCGUUGUUAUAGUGGGAUAUGAUACGACAGGCCCUAUACCGUACUGGAUAGUGCGAAAUACAUGGGGUGGUAGCUGGGGUCACAACGGCUAUCUCUACAUAGAAAUGAACAAGGACCUGUGCGGCUUGGAAAGCUCGCCGGCGUAUGUCCAAGUUUGAACCUAUAAUGCCGCCGCUGAAUAGUUCGCUAUCAAGACAACUUGCUAGCCACGAGUCGCCCAUGCUGGUCUUUAAAAGAUUUUGGCACCAUUGGUCAGUCCAUCUGAUCAAUGAACACAUACACACACACACACACACACACACACACACACACACACACACACACACACACACACACACACACACACACACACAUACACAUUCAUACACACACACACAUACAUAUUAUACGCGCGCACACACACACACACACACACACACACAAACUGGAAGGAAGUUUAGCGAUGCUACUGUGUCGCGCAUGCCAAGUGUCUCCCUGUGGGUUUACUAUUAUGAUAGCAUACGUUUGCCAUCUACACCUGACCUGCUUCUACACCUGACCUGCUCCCUAAGUGUUCUCUGGCAUGCAUAGAAAUCAGGGUUGAUGAUAUUCGGCAUCACAUGGGAUUACCGACCGUCAUGCCUACGGUUGCAUGUAUCGCCGGGUGGCUUGCAAUCGCAGAAUGCAACUUUCCACUUGAACAGUGUUGAGCUUCACCUUACUACUAUUGUCGAUAUACUGUCAGAGUGCUCUAUUUAUCUAAAGUUUUCAACGCACAUUUUUUUCUGCCAAUAUGCUGCACCGAUACUAGCAGUUUGGUCAUAAGUUACCAAGAGUAUAAUUAUACCCCCCCCCCACCCCCCAGAGUGUGCAACUCUCUCUCUCUCUCUCUCUCUCUCUCUCUCUCUCCCUCUCUCUCUCUCUCUCUCUCUCUCUCUCUCUCUCUCUCUCUCUCUCUCUCUCUCUCUCUUUCUCUCUCUCUCUCUCUCUCUCUCUCUCUAUCUCUCUCUCUCUCUCUCUCUCUCUCUCUCUCUCUCUCUCUCUAUCUCUAUCUCUCUCUCUCUCUCUCUCUCUCUCUCUCUCUCUCUCUCUGUUUUUGGUGCACAAAAACAUCUCUGGCGUUGAUUGCUUUCUUGCUUAGACAUCUGCUGUGCCUUUCUUCUCGUACUCCCCUCUAUGUACUAGUGUUGUGCAAACCCUCCUUCUAGUCUGUCUCAUCUUGCCCCGAGAUGUUUUGAUGCAUAGUGAUUAUGACGCUCAUCAUUCGCUCCCUUGUCACUGGACAGUUCUGACCGUGACCGUUUGGUUUUAGCGAAUUCUAAUAAAGAAAACAACAACCACAACAA